GCGACGCCUUCAGAUAUCGGGAAUAUCCGAUCUGUUACACUGUCCUUUACACACAUCAUACCUCUCCUGAACCCCUUCCAGUGGAACAUCCUAGGGCUCAGACAUCCCAAGUUGUACAUAGAUGAAGUAGACAUCCAUCGACAGGAAGCUGGCGCAGAGUAA